AUGGCGCCAACAUGUCACGGUUUCGGGGGCAUUGGCGCCGGCUGUGCUGCCGCCCUUCCAGGAUCAGGAGGAAAGAGGAGAGGAAGUGGCUUUGGCAGCACAUCACUGGCAGUGAAGGUCGCGGUUCCUGGUUGUUUUCUCAAGCCUUGCUGGCUACAGGGAAUAAGAGUGGGGGUGGAUGAAUCCAACGCUGUGGAUAGUCCUGCAAAAGUUGGCGUAUACUGGUCAAACGGAACUUUGGCUGCGAUGUCGAAAGUCCUUCGAACGCCAGCAUCUUUGCAGGAUCAUGCUUGGUUCUUCUUCGAGUUGCUGGGGCACGAUAAAGAAUUGAAGACGCUUGCUGAAGAAGACCAUAUUUGGUUGGUCUUUAAUGCCGAAGCUACAGUGAAGCUGACCUACGAAAACGCGGCGUCGGUGGAAGAGGCCACGCGCUACGUGGCGGAGGACUUUGCAGAGGCCUUUGCCCCGGUACGGCAUUGGGAGCUGGAGUCAGAUCACGUGGGCGUUGCUUUCUUGAUGGCCCUGGCAGCAUCAAGCAAGGCUGAGAUUGCUUCGCUUGACCUGGGAGACGUUUCAGUUUUGGCCGGCACGUUGCCGCUGAUCCUGGAAGCUCCGCAUGGCCGCAUCGUGGAGGGCUGGCCUGCGCGAGUCAGCGGAGUUGCCAACUCCGACCAAAACACGGAUUUGUUCACAGAGGAGCUCAGGAAGGACUUGGCACUUCGAUGCGGACGCAGCCCAAGCGCUGUGAUUUUCAGGGUAGCGAGAAGGGGUAUCGACGCCAAUCGGGCUACCGGCAAUGGCAGCUCGACCCGGCAAGGGGAAUCUUGCGCAUCCCAGAGCAAUGGUGAAUGCUGCUGCCACUUAGCAAUCCCAAGCGACACACAGGUCGCAAUGGAUCUCAACGAUGUCUACCAUUCCUUGCUGUCAGCGCAAGUGGCGCAGGGAAAUGGAGCUUUGUUGGUUCCUAUUCAUGCAACAGGCAGGGACAGGAUCGAGAUUGGAAUUCGGCUCUCAGCUUCAAAGCUAAACCAAGCGGCUGGACUCUCGCCUCCCUCUUUGUUGGAACACAAUUCUGCCAGCUCCUUGAGAGCUCUGGCUGACGCUACAGAGGCAGUGUGGGGCUCUGCUAGCCUGGGAGCCUUCAUCAAGGCCAACCGGCCUUAUAUGGAGGUCAUUCCAUCACCGCAAGUGAGAUGUCCUGAUCCAACAAUCUGCCCGACGUCCUCCCACAGCAGUCUUUUUAUGGGCGGCCACAACUUGAAGAUCCAUGUGACAGAAAGCCAACCGGGAGUCCAGCUGGAAUUGCCUCAAGUGAUGAGAGGUUUUGGUUCUUCCCCUCCAGCUGUGGAGCCAGCAGCUGUGAGACAAGUCGGGGCUGCACUGGCUUCUUUUCUCAAUGCGCAUUACUCCGAGACCUGUCACGCAGAUGUGAAUUUUGGUUUGGCUUGCUUGCACGGGGUGCUCGUCUGCGGGACCUGCGUGUGCGAUGAAGGUUACGGAGGUGUCGACUGCAGCGCCUGUGCCGAGGGUUACCUUCUCGUCAAUGACCAGUGCACGCGCUUGGUCAUGUUGAGUCCACCAAGCGGAGCGACACAGAAGUAUGGUUCUGCUUUUGCCACCACAAGCUCUGAUAAGCCUUACCUGUAUACACGAAAGUUCACUACCCAAUUGUCGGACUGUGGUUCCGGCUGUCGGCCCCUAAACAUCAGCCUGCGUGUUCGGUGUGACAGCGAUCUGUGCCACAAUGAUUUGGACAGCGCCACGUACACAGUGGGAGUCGCCCUCUUUGACGCAACAGGGAAACGUCUCUGCAAUGGGGCCACUUCACCGCGGGUUCCUCAAGCAUUGAUGGAUUGGUGGCUCCACAUUCCACUCCAAUCCUGUCCCUUACU